AAACUUGUUUUCUCUUUCUCUCUUCUUCAAUCAAAUUAGAUCAAAAACCUAUUUUCUUGCUCCCAAAUUCGAAAUAGUCGACGCUUUUUUUUUUGUUUAACAAGUAGAGUUUCCCAAAAUAUUGGAUAUCUCUUCUCAUAUGCGAUAAUAAGUUUUAAAAUUUCGGAAAAAAAAAUGAGUUGCAAUGGAUGUAGAGUUCUUCGAAAAGGUUGCAGUGAAACAUGCAUCCUUCGACCUUGCCUUCAAUGGAUCGAAUCCGCCGAGUCACAAGGCCAUGCCACCGUCUUCGUCGCUAAAUUCUUUGGUCGUGCCGGUCUCAUGUCAUUCAUCUCCGGCGUACCCGAACUCCAACGUCCAGCUUUGUUUCAGUCGUUGUUGUUUGAAGCGUGUGGGAGAACGGUGAAUCCGGUUAACGGAGUGGUUGGUAUGUUAUGGACUGGGAACUGGCACGUGUGCCAAGCGGCGGUUGAGACUGUUCUUCGCGGCGGAACUUUAAGACCGAUCUCAGAUCUUCUUGAUUCUCCGUCGUUGAUGCUCUCCUCCGAUGAGUCUUCAGAGAUUUGGCAUCAAGAAGUUUCAAGAAACAAAAACCACCAUUGUCGCUUCAUCACCUCCAGAUCUAAGACGGAGAUGAAAGACUCUCUGGUUAACCGGAAACGAUUCAAGUCUGAUUCGGAUCUUGAUCUUCAAGUGAACCGCGAUUUAACCCUAACCGCUCAGGCUGUACCGGUUCCUUUUCUUCCUCCGUCGUCGUUUUGUAAGGUGGUUAAGGGUGAUCGGCCGGGAAGUCCAUCGGAGGAAUCUGUAACGACGUCGUGUUGGGAAAAUGAUCACAUGAAAUAUAAAGAUCCUAAAUACGAAUAAAAUCCUAUAAAGAAUUGACACUUGA